AGAGUCUUCAUUCAAUUCUCAUGUUUUAGAAUCUAAAAUGUAUGAAUCAAGGUUUGUAAAGGUAACGAAUGGUAUGAUGUCAUACUUCUGCUUACUUGCCCCUGAACAUUACUGCUUUGAAAAUGACCCUCAGAAGGAAUUGCUGUCCAAUUUAUCGGGCUUGUUUGACAGUGCAGGUGACUGCUGACAGGCUGAUCUAUGAAGAAACUUGCAUCAAUAAGUUACUUAUUAUUUGUAGAUCAGUUUACGCAUUCAUUAUGGUUUUGAUCCUCUUGAACACAGCCAUUGUGAAGCAGCAGAUUGGAGACCCAACCCAUACCAUAACCCAAGUAAGAAGCAGUGUCACAAUACCAUGCAUCCCACAUAGAGUAAGACACGACUACAUAUGUCAGUCUGUUUUCUUAAAGAUACACAUACUGAGUAUAACAUAUUUAACUAGGCAAGUCAGUUAAGAACAAUUUACAAUGACAGCCUACUCCAGCCAAACCUGGACGACGCUGGGCCAAUUGUGUGCCGCCCUAUGGGACUCCCAAUCACAGCCAGAUGUGAUACAGCCUGGUUUUGAACCAGGUACUAUAAGUGACGCCCAUAGACCACUCGGGAGUUAGAAUCCUCUGAAUAUAUAAAAAGGCAAUUAGUUUUCUUGCUUUGUUUUUACUGACCAGUAUUCUUCUAGAUUGGUGUCUUUUAAAAACCAUCCUAGUUUCACUUACUGUACAUGUUUAGGAAACUGAAAAGUUGUUUAAGGUAAAGGUCAUUAUUUUAACAAUAUUUACAAAGUACAUUGUUGUACAAUUCCCAAAGUAUUAAAUGUAGAUGUAAAUCAAAAUGUGUGUAGUCAGUCAGGCCAACCCCGCACUCCAGCAAAGUGUGUUUUGCCAAUGAAGUACAGGUAACUGCCAAAAUAAAGGAAACACCAACAUAGUAUCUUAAUAGGGCGUUGUGCCACUAAAAGCCGCCAGAACUUCAAUGCGCCUUGGAAUACAUUCAUACACACCCAUAGAAUUAGUCAUUUAAUCAAAUCUCUAUAGUGACACCAUUCGGAAUUCCAUCAUUUGGAGUAUUGUUGAUGGAAAAUGCUGUUUCAGGAGCCGCUCCAGAAUCUCCCUGCCCAUCCUGAGACCCCUCCUUUCAGAGUCACUGAGAUUUCUUCUAUUCAUAUUUGCCAAAAAAAUGGGCCACUGGGCCCAUUAUUUUUAUAUAUGACCCUAAGCAUGAUGGGAUGUUAAAUUGCUUAAUUAACUCAGGAACCACACCUGUGUGGAAGCGUCUGCUUCGUAUCCCUCGUUUUUUUAAACGUGUUUUUUAUUUUGGCAUUUACCUGAAUAUAAACUGUUUACAUCAUUGGGUUUUAGCUCUUCAUUUAAUUGUUGAAACAAAUGUUUGGUCUUUGCAAAGUGCAAAUUAACAGUGGUCAAUUUCACACUUCGCUAGCCUAGACAUAUACUUAAAAAGUAUGCAAAAUUGAGUGGCGGGACGAGUUUUGUUGUUUUUCGAAUCCCAGAAUGUAGCUUUUCAAUGUACAUGGACUACUUUUUCACGCGGAGGAUUAGUCGGGCCGUGUCAUUAUCAUAGUUUAUAAAUAGGUCAUUGAAGAAUAUUCAUGGUCGCGGAGUGAAAAGGCAGGUGUUUCACGGCAAUUAUCAAAUUAAAACAGAAACAUUUUACUAAGUUUUAGGCCAGAACUUUUUAAAUUAAAGAAUUUGAGCUGUUUCCACCUUGGCCAAUUCAAUAAGGAUGAACAGCAGUGGUCAGUCAUACCCAUUGGCCUCCCUCUACGUAGGGGACCUGCAUCCUGACGUCACAGAGGCCAUGCUCUACCAGAAGUUCUCUCCUGCUGGGCCCAUCACAUCCAUCCGUGUCUGCCGUGAUGUCAUCACUCGCAGGUCCCUAGGAUACGCAUACAUCAACUUCCAGCAACCCGCUGAUGCGGAAUGUGCUCUGGAUACAAUGAACUAUGAGGUCCUCAAGGGUAGGCCUAUCAGAAUAAUGUGGUCUCAGCGCGACCCAGGGCUACGGAAGUCAGGAGUUGGAAACAUUUUUAUCAAGAACAUGGACGAGUCCAUUGACAACAAGGCCCUGUAUGACACAUUCUCAGCCUUUGGGAAUAUUCUGUCUUGCAAGGUAGUGUGUGAUGAGAAUGGCUCCAAAGGCUACGGCUUUGUUCACUUUGAAACCCAAGAGGCAGCCAAUCGUGCCAUUGAUACCAUGAAUGGAAUGCUAUUGAAUGACCGGAAAGUGCUAGAGACAGGUAGUGACUCUGGCAUUGCAGACCCAAAGGCCCAUUUCCUGGGGGGGAAAUGUCAGUUGUCCACGAUUAGUUUUGUUGGCCACUUUAAGUCCCAUAAGGAGCGACAGGCUGAGUUUGGGGCCAAAGCCAUGAAGUUCACCAAUGUGUACAUCAAGAACUUUGGCGACGACUAUAGUGAUGAGAAACUCCAGGAGGUCUUCUCUGCAUUUGGCGGGACCCUCAGUGUGCGGGUGAUGAUGGACGAAAGGGGCCGGUCUCGUGGAUUUGGCUUUGUAAACUAUGAAAACCAUGAGGAUGCACAAAGGGCAGUUGAGGAGAUGAAUGGGAAAGAACUCGUUCCUGGCCGAGUUCUGUAUGUGGGCCGUGCUCAGAAGAGGAUGGAGCGACAGGGGGAGCUGAAACGCAAGUUUGAGCUGAUCAAACAGGGGGUCAAUUUGUACGUCAAGAACUUGGAUGAUGGGUUGGAUGACGAGAAACUCAGGAAGGAGUUUGCCCCUUAUGGCACCAUCACCAGUGCCAAGGUGAUGACGGACGGGGGCCACAGCAAGGGCUUUGGCUUCGUCUGUUUCUCGUCUCCCGAGGAGGCCACCAAAGCGGUAACUGAGAUGAAUGGCCGCAUUGUGGCCACAAAGCCGCUGUACGUGGCUCUGGCCCAGCGCAAGGAGGAGCGGAAGGCCAUCCUCACCAACAAAUACAUGCAGAGGACCAUGCCUGGCCCAGUCAUCGACUCCUACCAGCAGGCAGGCUACUACAUGUCUGCUGUGCCUCAGCCCCCAAGUCGCACCUUCUACAACCCCAACCCUGCGAGCACCAUGAGGACAUCUCCUCGCUGGGCUGCACAGCCACCCAGACCACAGGCACCCUACUCGGGCCAGUUUGUCAGGUCUGCUGUUCCCCGACGCGCCUCCACCCCCAUCAGCACCGUCAGACAGGCCUCCACCCAGGCUCCACGCAUCAUCAAUUACACACAGAGGAUGGCUAACAUUGGCACACAGACAGCAGGAGGUCGGGCAGGCAUGUCUGGUGGUAUGGUCCGAGGCACCCAGUAUAAAUACUCAUCAGGGGUGAGGAACUUACAGCAGGUCAUCACUAUGCCCGCACCAAUGGCAGUGCAGCAGGUUGUUACCCAGCAGACCAUGGAGCCAGCGGUGCAUGUCAGAGGCCAGGAACCCCUCACUGCCUCCAUGCUGGCUGCAGCCCCUCUCAUGGAGCAGAAACAGCUGCUUGGUGAGCGAUUGUACCCUCUGAUCCAUGGCUUUCACCCCAACCUGGCUGGUAAAAUCACUGGGAUGCUGCUGGAGAUUGACAACUCUGAGCUGCUGCACAUGCUGGAGUCACCCGAGUCCCUGCAUUCUAAGGUGGAUGAGGCGGUAGCUGUGCUGCAAGCCCACCAGGCCAAGGAAACCUCUCCUAAGAAGUAGAGAACCCUUUCAGGACUCUGCGAAGAAAUCGCUGAAGGAGGAAAAAGUUAAAACGAACAAAAAAAUAGUAAAAUUUUGUAAAGGGGGGGG